AUGGCGCGUCUCAGUAACAUCUCGGUUGUUGUUCCUUUGCCUUCCUUCGACAUCGACCCACUCAAGACUUUUGAUGAAGACUUCUUUGACCGUGCUGUUGACAACAUCUUGUCUGAGGAAGCUAGCAUCGAGGAAUCCCGGGACGAGAUGAUGGAUGGGGAUAUCGGCAUAUCGAGUCCAUUUGGGUAUGACGGCACGUCUGACUCUUCCAAGCUCGACGUUCGUCGAAGCCGACGGACCGAAACCAAGUCGCCGCAUUCUUCUACUACCUCGACCUCCUCCUCGCCUACAACCAACACGGCAAAGAACCCGAAGUCUAGAAGAUCUUCUAGCACAAGGAAGAAUGUAACGAUGGAGAAUCUCGACGGUGACAAUGAAGCUUUUGUGGGCCUUGAAGACAUCACACAGCCCCGGCAUGAGAGGGACAUCGUGGAACUUGAGUCGUAUCCCAUUCAUGAGGCGGACAAAAACCUUCUAGAACCGACAGGGUCCCCUGGAGUUUCAAUUGAUGACAAUGAAAUGACAGCCGAAGAAAAAAUCUUUGUUUCAGUGGAUCCAGAGAAGCAGAUGGAGGUGAUGAAGUUCAUUGUCUCACAUUCUUUCAUGACCGAGCAGGUCCAACCUGUUCAACGUUCCGCCAGGCGGAGAUUCACUGGUCAAGUGCGCGAGGUUGCUUUGGAGGCUGGGAUGAACGACACAUCCAUCGAUGCUUUGAUUGACCACGUUCGAAACACAUUCCUUGAGGACCGUGAGAUUGCGCCAGCUAAAUAUGCCGGCUCUGCAUUUGGGGAUGAAGUAGAUGGAGAGGCAGAAACACGCCGAAAGCGACGCAAGAGCAGCACAGACCACGGCGAAGACAAAGAGCACAAGAAGAGCAAGAGGCGUCACUCGGAUAAGCCAAGACGUCACAGCCACGAUGCUCUGCAGCAUGAUGAGCCAGCCGAAGUAGUGGAAGCGCAUGUCCCUGCAGGUGUCUCUACUAAAGGGCGGGAUACUAUCUACGCUCAUUUGAAUGAACAAAAACAUAAGGAGAACACGCCGGACCUACCCAUACUGUCCGCGGACAUUAUCGGGGGUAGCCCUAGCCCACACGAGGACCCGACCGAAUCUCCGUCCCAUGAGGAGCUCACUUCUCAGAAUCCGGAGCCUGAAAAGCCGGUCGACACUAAGCCAUUGAAACGUCGUGAGCCAGGCAACAAAACACAAAGAGAAAAGAAUAGGCGCAAGCGUGAACGGAGAAGAGAACGGAACAAACAUCGAAACCUCUCGGUUGAGCAGAGAAAAUCCCAAGAUGAUGCCAUUCAUAGUGCAGAGAAACAAGCUGAAGUUGACUCCAUUGAUGGAAAGGACCGAAUUCCGCCUUCCACUCCCCAGCAAACCUCUUUCGAGGGCUUCGAUGGAAGCAGACGAAGCUCCAGUCAUCCCUCGCUACCCGCCGAUCCAACUCUGUGGGACACGGAUUUUUGA